AUGGCCGAGUCCCAGCUGAGCUGCCUGGACGAGGCGCACGUGAACGAGCGAGUGACCGAAGCGCAGGCCGCCUUCUACUACUGCGAGCGGCGGCGGGCCGCGCUGGAGGCGCUGCUGACCGGCGGCGAGCAGGCCUACCGCGAGCGGCUGGGCAAGGAGCAGCUGCGGGACUUCCUCUCCAGCCCCGAGCGCCAGGCCCUGCGUGCCGCCUGGAGCCCCUACAUAGACGCCACCCCCGCUGCCGGCAAGAGCAAGGCCAAGGCUAAGGCCCAGGCCCCCGCGCAGGCCGCGCCCGAGCCCGAGGAGUCCCUGGCCUACUGGCCCGACCGCUCGGACACCGAGGUGCCCCCGCUGGAUCUGGGCUGGACGGAAAACAGCUUCUACCGCGGCGUGAGCAGCGUCACGCUCUUCACCCACCCGCCCAAGGAGGAGAAGGCACCACACCUCAAGCAGGUGGUCAGACGGAUGAUCCAAAAGGCCCAGAAGGUCAUCGCUGUGGUCAUGGACCUCUUCACCGACAGAGACAUCUUCCAGGACAUUGUCGAUGCCGCCUCCAAGCGCCGGGUGCCCGUGUACAUCAUCCUGGAUGAGGCCGGGGUCCCAUACUUCCUGGAGAUGUGCCAGGGCCUGGAACUUGCCGAUUUCCGCAUUCGGAACAUCCGUGUCCGUUCCGUGACAGGCGUGGGCUUCUAUACGCCCAUGGGGAAAAUCAAGGGGACCCUGUCCUCAAGGUUCCUGAUGGUGGACGGUGACGAGGUGGCCACCGGAUCCUACAGGUUCACGUGGAGCUCGUCCUACGUAGACAGGAAUCACCUCCUCCUCCUGACGGGACGGAACGUGGAACCCUUCGACGUGGAGUUCCGGGAGUUGUAUGCCAUCUCCGAGGAGGUGGACUUGUACCGGCAGCUGGGCCUGGCGGGAGGCCCCGGCCGACUGGGCCUCAACUACUCCUCCACAGUAGCCCGCAAGCUGAUCAACCCCAAGUACGCCUUGGUGGCAGGCAGUCGCCACCCACCAGGGGAGCUGAUGCGCUGGGCCGCCCAGCAACAGCGGGAGGCUGGCAGCCCGCCGGUGGGCCAGGAGGAGAGCGGCAGUGGCGGUGAGAUGUCCCAGCGCCUGCACAACUUCCUGAAUGACCUGGUCACACUGCAGCAGGUGCUGCCCCCCGUGGAGGAGCUGAGGGUGGUCGCCCAGUCACACAUGGACCCGAAGUCCAGACCCCGGAACGGCAAGCUAGAGGCUGCCAACGGCGAAGCCACUGCGUCCAAGGAGGGCAAGCGCUUCGGCAGCAGAUGGUUCAGCCAGAGGGGCAAGCGGCCCACGGCACCCAACGGCACAGCCGGCUCCGCCGAGACCUUCCCUGACAAGGAGAUCCGGAUGGGGAAGAGACCCAGCGAGAGUCCCAAUGGUGCUGACCUCUCAGGUAAAGCAAGUCCCAGUCCUGCCAAGACGAGCAAUUGUGUCAUUUGCUGAGCUACAGGGCC